GAAUAAGUUAUGGGAACGAGACGAGAUCGGUAACCAAAACUUACCGCGGCGCUUUUCCAAUGACGUCCUGACAUGCGGCAUUUUACAUGUUUUAGAUGACAAAUAUUUAUCUGUUUUGUGAAGAAUAAAACCAAUCAUCAUGGCCCAAGGGAAAGAUGCCAUGACCAAGGCCACAUUUUACGACGAGGCCAAGACUUAUUGGGAGGACAUCCCGCCGACUGUAAACGGGAUGCUUGGCGGCUAUGGGACGAUCUCCAGCGCUGACGUGAAAGGGUCGAUUAAAUUUAUCAAACCGAUGCUGAUGUGUGAAUGGAAUGAGAGAGUUGGAUCAGAGAAGGCAUUGGAUUGUGGUGCUGGCAUCGGCCGUGUUUCCAAGCACGUCUUGCUGCCCCUAUUCCAGUCAGUGGAUCUGGUCGAACAGGAGCAGAAAUUCCUGGACGAGGCACCGUCCUUCCUCGGAGAAGCUUCCUCCAAUGUUGGCAAAUACAUCUGCUGUGGGCUGCAAGACUUUGUACCCCAGCCCAAGCACUACGACGUCAUCUGGUGCCAGUGGGUUCUCGGCCAUCUCACGGACGAACACCUUGUCAAUUUCUUCAAGCGUUGUAAAGAAGGUCUGAAGGAUGGAGGGGUGAUGUGUAUUAAGGAAAACAUCUCCAGGGAGGGGGUUAUAUUUGACGAGCAGGAUAGUAGUGUGACCCGAUCCUCCAAGGAACUCACCAAGAUUUUCCGCAAAGCGGGACUCAAGAUCUUUAGGGAAGAAGUGCAGAGGAACUUUCCUCUGGAGAUAUACUUGGUCAAGAUGUUUGCACUUAGAUGAAUGUUGGUUAUUGUUGUCACAUAGAGAACAGAAGGGCUUCAUUGUCAUGAAUAAGACUUCUCUCAUACCCCAAGUGGUCUGUUGUUGUAUUUGAAGGUUCCAGUACUGAUGAAAUGGAAUAGCAUCUCUCAUAGUGUGAAAUGAAUAAUCUUAAAAUUACAAAGAAAAAAAGUUUAGGUUUAAAGUGUGUCUUUGUAUAUUUUUUCUAUUGGUGCAUAGCAUAUCCUUUACAGUCCACUGCAAAGUCACACAGUCGUGAAUUACUAUACCUCAGAGGACAAGGCAUUGUGUUUCCAUCUGUUCCUAUAAUUUAACACUCUCCACUAAACACACACCACACACUUCAUUUGAGGACUGUUUUUGAUGAAUAAUCUUAAAUAUUGCAGUAUUGAGUAUUAACUUCCAUUAUACAGUAUUGAAAAAAAUGUAUCUAGACAACCACAAUCUAGUUGAAUGAUUUUAUCUAACUGUACUAGUAAGAUUUACAAGUAAGUGACAUGAGUUGAUGGUUACUUCAACAAACCUCAAUGUCGAUUUUUUAUUCUCGAAAGAAGUGUCUUUCAGAAAACAGUUGUAUACAAAAAACGUUAGAUGUGUGCCUUUCUAUAAGGCACAAAAUUGUGUGAAAAAUAAAGAUGAGUCGAGCGUCAUUUUUGAUGUCAAAUUAUA